CUUCAACUAAUGGAUGAAGAUGAAGAAGAAGAUUAGAUGCAGAUGACGUUUGUCGCAGCGGAAGUGGGCCUAAUUCCCAGUAGCCCAUUCUAGCAAAUGGUUGAGGCCCAAUCAUCAAAAGCCCACACUAAAUCGAGCGAAAUUUGAAGAAAGAUUUGAACUUUUGCAUAAGAAAUUAAAAUCCUGUGGAUUAUGCAAAUAGGAGUUGGAAGGGAUGAUGAAGUGCUUAACGGUGGUGAAUCAGAUAGGAGUCGGAGUAGUUGAGGCGAAGCAAGCAAAAUGCGUGGAGAGGAGAGCGACGACGAUGAUGGCGAUGGUGUCAAUGAGAGAUAGAAGCAAAAACAGAAAGCCUCUCCAGAAGGGGAGAAGCCUGAGCAUUGAAGCUAUCCAAACGGUCCAAGCUCUCAAGCGAGCUUCCAAAAAUUCCCACUCCUCUCUCCAAGAAGCAUUUGCCGCCAAUUUCAGGCGUUUGCUCAAAUCCGACAUGAUUGCUGUUCUCCGCGAGCUCCUUCGCCAGAAUCAGUGCCUUUUGGCCCUUCAGGUGUUUGAGGAUAUGAAGAAGGAGGAGUGGUACAGCCCUAAACUGUCGCUGUAUGCUGAAAUUGUUGCGGCACUUGGCAGUAACGGAAUGCUUGAGCAGGUUCAUGAACUUAUUGUCGAGCUCAAAGCUGAAACUACUGUCACUCCAGAUCUUCAGGGAUUUAAUGCAUUGAUGGAAAGCUUAAUGAGUUUGAAUCUCACUGGAUUAGCAGUGGAGUGCUACUACCUGAUGAAAUCGGUAUCAUGUGACCCAGAUAAACUGUCAUUCAAGAUACUAGUUGAUGGCUUAACGUCAAAUGGAGAAACGGAACUUUCAGAAGCUAUACAGAAGGAUGCUCGAGAAUAUUAUGGUCCUUUUUGGGAUUUGUCAGAGGAGGAAGAGGCUGAAUUGAGCUAUGGAAGCACGUGGUGAACUAUGGUAUUUUUCAACUUUAUAGGUGGGAAUGAAAUUAGUUGCUGUGUUCUUAAUGCUGGAUCCUCUCAUGUUGUUUUCAUUGAUGCAAAUGGUGAAAUGGAAGAUGAGAUGAACCAAAGAAUCCAAUCUAUGUUUUGCACAUGACUAGGUUAUUGAAUCAACCUUUGUAUAAUGUAUAUAUGGUCAUCUAAUGUAUGUAUGAAUCUUGUUUUAA